AUGGGUGCUGGGGGUGGAAAGCUUCGCCACGUCAAGAAGGAGAGCCCCAUCAACACAUGGAUGCUGCAGGAGACCCUGGGCUCAGGAUCAUAUGGAAAAGUGCACAAGGUACGAAACCGCGCCACGGGCGAGCUUGCAGCCGCCAAGGUCGCCCCUAUUCAAGCCCAGGAAGAGCUACAGAACUUUGCCACGGAGAUUGAAAUCCUAACGUCCUGCAAACAUCGGAACAUUACAAACUUUAUGGAUGCGUACUACAACAACAACGAGCUGUGGAUCUUGCUGGAAGUGUGCGAUGCCGGAUCCCUUGCCGAAUACGUCGAGAAGCAACCGACGGGCCUGCCUGAGGAUGCCAUGGAGUGCAUUGCGCACCAGAUGGUCAAGGGCAUCCGCUUUUCUUGCAUGGCUGCGGCGUCAUCCAUCGCGAUAUCAACGCCAGCAACACCCUCGUCACUUGACGGGAUGGCGAAGCUUGCGGGCUUUGGCGUAUCCGCCUUCAACAAGCAGGACGGCGCCAAGCGCAACACGUUUGUUGGCAGCCUGCACUGGAUGGCACCCGAAGUGAUUGUCUGCGAGCACGACCGCAAGGCAAAAUGCGACAGCCUAUGGAUGAGCAACAUCGACCCGUUUGGCUGGUUUCAGUGGUACUGCCGGUUUUAUCUGGGCCGUCGCAGCAGCGAUGACGCGCGCCAGAUCAGCAGAGCAAAGAAGUGCUUUGGAGAAACAGGGCGGUGGCGCAUCAAUCUGUGCAACAAGAUCAUGCGCGCAUCGGGGAGAUUCGACGACACGCGCGUGGGCCCCGUCGUACGUCAGACGCUGUUGCAUUGGGGGCAUGAACUCACCAAACGCGAUUACGACAAGCACGUCAAGAAGUACGCAAAGAAGCAAUAG